CCAGUUCUACUCUCGCUCUGCGACCUCGGUCUCUCUCUCUCUCUCUGCUUCUCCUCCGUUCGUUCGUCUGCCCCUCUCUAGUUCUUGCGUUUUUUUUUUGCCUCCUUUGAUCGAUCGUCAUGGCAUCUGGCAAGAAGAUCAAAAUCGGAAUCAAUGGAUUCGGGAGGAUCGGCCGGCUGGUUGCUCGUGUAGCUCUUCAACGCAACGAUGUCGAGCUCGUCGCUGUCAACGAUCCCUUCAUCAACACGGAUUACAUGGUGUACAUGUUCAAGUACGACAGCGUCCAUGGCUUGUGGAAGCACCACGACGUGAAGAUUAAGGACUCCAAGACUCUCCUCUUUGGUCAACAGCCUGUCACCGUUUUCGGUCACAAAAACCCGGAGGAGAUCCCAUGGCGUGAGACUGGUGCUGAGUUCAUUGUCGAGUCCACGGGAGUGUUCACUGAGAAAGAGAAGGCAGCUGCCCAUUUGAAGGGUGGUGCCAAGAAGGUUGUGAUCUCUGCACCUAGCAAAGAUGCGCCUAUGUUCGUCGUUGGCGUCAAUGAGCACGAAUACAAGCCCGAGCUCGACGUUGUUUCCAAUGCCAGUUGCACCACCAACUGCCUUGCUCCAUUGGCUAAGGUCAUUCAUGAUAAGUUUGGCAUCGUUGAAGGGCUUAUGACCACUGUUCACGCCAUCACUGCAACUCAAAAGACAGUCGAUGGCCCAUCGAACAAGGAUUGGAGGGGUGGAAGAGCUGCAGGCUUUAACAUCAUCCCUAGCAGCACUGGUGCCGCCAAGGCCGUGGGCAAGGUUCUGCCGGCGCUCAAUGGGAAGUUGACUGGAAUGGCUUUCCGUGUUCCCACCGUGAAUGUCUCUGUGGUGGACCUCACUGUGCGGCUCGACAAGGCAGCCAAGUAUGAAGACAUCAAGGCAGCCAUAAAGGCGGAAUCUGAGGGGAAAUUGAAGGGAAUCCUGGGCUACACUGAGGACGACGUGGUUUCUUCUGACUUCAUUGGUGACUGCAGGUCUAGCAUUUUCGAUGCCAAGGCAGGGAUUGCACUGAGCGAUCGCUUUGUGAAGUUGGUUUCUUGGUACGACAAUGAAUGGGGAUACAGCUGCCGCGUUAUCGACCUGAUUCUUCACAUGGCCGCCGUCGGCAAGCACUGAGCGGGAGAAAAGGGGAGGCCUGCUUUCUUCUGCGUACGAAAUGGAGCGAUGAUGUUCGCCGUAUUUUUGUGUUGUUUUCUUUCUCUUUCGCUUUUUAUCCAUAGCGCCGCCUGGAUGGUGGCGGGUCUGUUCUUGUGAGGAGAGAGUUCUAGGGUCAUAUAUGGAGUUGCUGUAGCAAGUAGGGUUGUUCGGUAGGCAAGCAAACAUGGCUCUUUUUAUAAUAUGCCCUAUUUGAAUAAUAAGUUUGCAGUGA